ACGGACGUGACGCAGAGCUCAGCAGGUCCUGCAGCCGGAGUGAAGUGCGGGCUCCGGCCCCAUGUGCCUUCAGUCACGACCCGCCCAGGUCGCCGGCUUCUGCAGACUCCAGGGGACCGCAGCGGCAGUGCCGCGCUUGCGCCCUGAGCGGAGCCAUGUCCGGUAACGGCGGCGCGGCCACAACCGCGGAAGAAAACGGCUCAAUGAUGAGGGUGAUUCGAGUGGGCACCCGGAAGAGUCAGCUGGCUCGCAUACAGACCGACACUGUGGUAGCGAUGCUGAAAACCUUGUACCCUGGCAUACAGUUUGAAAUCAUUGCUAUGUCCACCACAGGGGACAAGAUUCUUGAUACUGCACUCUCUAAGGUAAUGGCAGUCCUUAUCCCUGCUUGCCUCGUCUCUCUCCCCACUUAUAAGGGGUUCACUCUGAGGUUCUUUCUUCCCUGGCAGAUUGGAGAGAAGAGCCUGUUUACCAAGGAGCUAGAAAACGCCCUGGAAAAAAAUGAAGUGGACCUGGUUGUUCACUCCCUGAAGGAUGUGCCUACCAUACUACCUCCUGGCUUUACCAUUGGAGCCAUCUGCAAACGGGAAAACCCUUGUGAUGCUGUUGUUUUUCACCCAAAGUUUAUUGGAAAGACCCUGGAAACCUUGCCAGAGAAAAGUGCCGUGGGGACCAGCUCCCUGAGGAGAGUGGCGCAGCUACAGAGAAAGUUCCCUCACCUGGAAUUCAAGAGUAUUCGGGGAAACCUCAACACCCGCCUACGGAAGCUGGAUGAGCUGCAGGAGUUCAGUGCCAUUAUCCUGGCUGUGGCUGGCCUACAGCGCAUGGGCUGGCAGAACCGGGUGGGCCAGAUCUUGCACCCAGAGGAAUGCAUGUAUGCUGUGGGUCAGGGAGCCCUGGCGGUGGAGGUCCGAGCCAAGGACCAGGAUAUCUUGGACCUAGUGGGUGUGUUGCAUGAUCCUGAAACUCUGCUUCGCUGCAUUGCUGAAAGGGCUUUUCUGAGGCACCUGGAAGGAGGCUGUAGCGUGCCAGUAGCAGUGCAUACAGUGAUGAAGGAUGGGCAACUGUACCUGACUGGUGGAGUCUGGAGUCUAGAUGGCUCAGAUAGCAUGCAAGAGACCAUGCAGGCCACCAUCCAGGUCCCUGUUCAGCAAGAAGAUGGUCCAGAGGAUGACCCACAGUUGGUUGGAAUCACUGCCCGGAACAUUCCAAGAGGAGCCCAGCUAGCUGCUGAGAACCUGGGCAUCAGCCUGGCAAGCUUGUUGCUCAACAAAGGAGCUAAGAACAUCCUAGAUGUUGCACGGCAGCUUAAUGAUGUGCGCUAACUGGCCUGCAGGGCACAGGAACCGAACCCCAGCUGUCACUCCAGUGCCUAUGUCUGGCUGUCAAGUGCCCUGUGCUCCUUAACAAGGGGAAUGAUUAUCCCAGGAGAUUGAACCAGAGUUGUUGAGACUUCGGCCUUGGAAGAUAUGCCUCAACUUGGGGCCUCCAUGACUGCCUUUCCCUCAGUAGUUUGUGGGCUUCAUCUCUUUAGAGAAAGUCCAUGCCAAUCUUUUAAUGUAACCAAUGCCACUAAUCAGUUCAGAAUGUGGUUCUCCUGGAGUUGGGGGAAGAUAUGAAUAAACCCAAAGCCCUUUUAAACCUGAA